CUCCAGCGGAUCCGCAUGGUGAGGACCUGACGUGAGAUCUAGAAGGUGCAUGCCAGCAGAAAAAAAUGUGUAACUGCGAUGGAGGAUAUAAUGUGGACUACACCCAGUAAAUCAGAAAACGUUGCACACAUUCUGCGGACAUCCUAACAUCCAGGGGCGGUGAUGAUUCAGAAGUCAGAUUUCUCACAGGAACAGCCACUUCACUAGAAGCAGAAGCACAUUGCAGUUGGCCGGUGAGGAAAGAAUUUUCAUUUUUUUUUUUUUUUUAGUUUUUUUUUAUUUUAGUUUGGUUUCUCUUCGGUUAGAGAUCAGAGGCAUCCACCACCACACAGAGAGCGCACACACACACACACACACACACACAUAUUUUGGAUGUUUUAUUUUGCUGCCGGCUGCUGACUGCUGUUUGAAUCUGUCAUUGUGAGAGAAUACAGCUGUGACAAUGUCCACCAGAGUUGCCAAUCUGUCGAAGCUGCGGCAAGAGAGGAUGAGGGAGAUCAACCUGCGGACGUGCAGUUCUGCCGUUGUUGUGGUUCAGGAGUUACACUAACGAGACCCACAAAGGAUGAUGUCGCGCAAAAUUCAGAACAAAGAGCGAGAGCGAAUGAGGGAGCGAGAGAAGGCGGCGAGGGAGAGGGAGGCACGUUACAGCAACGGUCACCUCUUCACCUCGUUGACGGUGUCGGGAACGACACUCUGUACAGCAUGCAACAAGAGUAUUACUGCCAAGGAGGCACUCAGCUGCCCCACAUGCAAUGUCACUAUCCACAACCGCUGUCGAGACACUUUGCCAAACUGCGGCAAAAUGAAACAGAGGCAACAGAAGACGGCCCUAAUGCGGAAUAACUCAUCUUUGCAGAACGUCACGCUGCGCACAAAAACUCCAGGAAUGCGUGAGCGUCCGAGUUCAGCCAUCUAUCCCUCCGAUAGCUUCCGACAGUCCCUGCUAGGAUCCCGCCGUGGUCGCUCCGGCCUUUCUUUGUCCAAGAGUGUCUCCACUAACAACAUUGCAGGGAACCUAAAUGACGACUCUCCUCUGGGGCUGCGCAGGAUCUUGUCCCAGUCCACAGACUCCCUCAGCUUCAGGGCCAGAGCUAUGUCGGUGGAGUCUCUCAACGAUGACGGAGACAUCUACUAUACUUCAGUGCUGGAGGAGAUGGAGUACGAGGGCCAGGACUUUAAGGCUGACUCAUGGAGCAUGGCCGUGGACAGCGGUUACUUGCAAGCACACCGCAAAAAUGUCAUCAAGAGGCAGGACGUCAUAUAUGAGCUGAUUCAGACAGAGCUGCACCACAUGCGAACGCUGCACAUCAUGGAAAGGGUGUUCAGACAGGGCAUGCUGGAGGAGCUUCAGCUGGAUCCCAGCACCGUGCAUGCCCUGUUCCCCUGCCUGGACCAGCUGAUCAGGAUACAUUCCCAUUUCCUGGCACAACUUCUCCUGCGGCGCAACAACAGCCUGCAGCCUGGAUCCAGCUGCAACUUCACCAUUCACCAGCUGGGAGACAUACUACUAGAGCAGUUCUCAGGCCAGUGUGCAGAUGACAUGAGGAAGACCUACGCUGAGUUCUGUAGUCGCCACUUGAAAGCCGUCAAAUUGUACAAAGAGCUGCUGGCCAGAGACAAGAGGUUCCAGUGCUUCAUACGGCGGGUGAGCAGAGGACCCUUGCUACGUUGCCAUGGCGUUCAAGAGUGCAUCUUAUUGGUGACUCAGCGGAUCUCCAAGUAUCCUGUCCUUAUCCAGCGCAUUCUGGACAACACCAUCGAUGAUGAAGAUGAAGCUUCCUCUCUGGCCCAGGCUCUCUCCAUGAUCAGAGAACUUCUUAGUUCAAUAGAUCAGCAGAUGGAGGACAUGGAGAAAACGCAGCGGCUGCAGGAGAUCCAGGCCAAGUUGGAUCCACGGACUGAGACAAGAGUGAGGAACGGUGGACUCUUCAAGGCUGGGGAGUUGUUCCGCAGAAGACUCGUCCACGAAGGGACUCUUUUAUGGAAAACCCCAGGAUCUCGGCUCAAAGAUACACAGGUCUUGUUGAUGACAGACAUCCUGGUGUGCCUGCAGGAGAAAGACCAGAGGUACAUCUUUCCAUGUCUGGACAAACCUCCAGUGCUGUCCCUUCAGAACCUGAUCGUGAGGGAUAUCGCAAAUCAGGAGCGAGGCAUGUUCCUCAUCAGCGACUCCUUGCCUCCUGAGAUGUACGAGUUCCACGCUGCCUCCAAGGAGGACAAGAACGUCUGGAUACGCCACAUCCAGCGCACCGUCAGCAAGUGCCCAUCGAGAGAGGAGUUCCCCCUCAUAGAGACUGAAUACAAGGCCCAUCUGAGGAGACUCAAAGCUGACCUCCAGCAGAAGGACCGGGAAAUGCUGGAGCUCCUGCAGGAGAGGGUGACUCUCUUCUGUGAGCUGGCGGAGGUGACAAGUGGUCAUGAGGGCCUGCAGCCUCCCAUCACUCGUUACCUGUUCAGGGCCGACACACCUCAAGCUCCCCGUGCAGAGAAACUCCUACUGGAUGCUACAGCUGAAGUGGACAGGUUGAGCGAGCUCCUCCUGGGUUCCAGCGUGGAGAUCCCUCCUUCGUGCCAUCACAACCACAUGGAGGUGGUAGAAACCAGUGAUCAGGAUCUGUUGGUCAAUGGAGCUCAUGAUUUCUUUGCAGCAAAGGACUGCAUGAGGGGUCAAGACAAGACACCACCCACAGAGACCUAUCAAAGGCUGAUCAAUCUCAGUGUGUAUCUACAUGCACUCCAGGGUGCCGUCAUCAAACAAGACUCCAUCUUGGAGCUGCUGCUGCUGCAGCCGCAGGAAAGCAUGACGCCAGCUGGAGGAGGAGGAGUUCGGCGCUCCAGUGGGAAUCGGGAGGCCAGUACAGGGUCCACCAUCGGGGAGCUGGCUCUCUUGCAGAGACAGCACAGCCUGCUGCAGGAGGAGCUGCUGAGGCUGCGUGAUGCUGAGAGCCGGUUCAAGGACAGCGAGAGAGCCCGGGCCAAGCUGGAGAGGCAGGUCCGACACAUGAAGGUCUGCAGCGGGGGUGCUCCUGCCUCCCAGGAGCUGGGGGAGCAGGCCUUUCAACCAGCACCUCCGCAGCCAGGUAGGGAAGUCUCAUCUGGAGCUGACACCCAAAGGGCCAGCCAGGAACCAGCCCGCCAAUCGGAUGUCCUCCAAGACAGCAGCGAUCUGGAGGUAGACAUGACGUCAGAUGAUGAUGAUGGGUCGGAAUCUGAAAGCUCCAAAGAUCUUCAAGAUAUCCCAGAGGAGAUCUGAUGCUCGGCAUGUUUCAAAGCGCUUUCCUGCAAGUCUUAAUGUUUAUUUAGCCGCUUCGCUUUUACAGUCGAUGGCUUGUGACAGUGAGCUGUUUUUAUUUUUUUCAGUUUUGCUUCGGAUUGUUUAGGAUUUCUUUGAUUUAAUUGCAUCACUCGACCAAAGGGGUGUGGAAAACUGAUAUUACCGACAUGUAACUCUAUUAAAUCUAUGACACAAGAUCUAUGUCAAUAUGAACAUUAGAACAGGCUACUCUUUUCAACAUAAGCAUGUGAUCUAUUUGUAUGUCGUGCAUAAAUAGCUGCAAUCAAAUUCAUUUCAAACAAGUAAUUUUGUCCCCCUAAAUAUUAGUUUAUAGAUUAAAACAAUAUUAAUAAUAGCACCAAACAUUGGGUGAAAAUGGAAUUUUAAAAAUACAGUUUGUAGUUUAUAUAUCGAUGUCUUUGACAGACUCUGCCCUUCAUUAUAAACUGUGUUGGACAGUUUAAACUGCACUGCUCCUUUAGAGAAAAAUCCUAAAAAGAAGCCACAUCAGGAGGCAUCGAUUUUAUAAAAUCGAACAAUAAUAAAAUAGGUAACAAUCACAAUAUAAAUCAAUCCACUAACAACUGCCCUGCAAUAAAUCCUGCUUUUACAAAUCAUGUUGAGACUGUGAUCUGUCUUUGGUAACAAUCAAUAAAAUAUGCCAAAUUUCUGUGAAUAAAGCAUUGGCAAGUACGUACUCAAGCUUAUUUAAACUCCAGCAUGUUGGUCACACAAAGUCACAAACAUUUAGGCCUGUGACAUGGCAGGGGACAACACAAUGUGAAUGAAAAUAAAAGGACUUUAUAGUGAGUUUGUCUGAAAGAUUUGGUUGAAACUACUAAAAAAUAAUAGCGUUCAGUCCAAGAUAGUCUCGUGAAACAUUUAUAAUCGCAGACUAAAAGCUUUUUUUUUUGCCUUUUCUCUGAUUUUAGGUGUAAAGUGGCCAUCAUUUUAUAAUAACAAUAUUUGAGUUGACAGUGUGAAAUGUGUCUCUGGUACUGAUGAACCCACAGAGGGAUUAUCAGAUGAAUCUGCGGCUCCCUUUGGCGUCACUGUUGGGCAAAAAAAGACGAGCUUGAUGACGUCACAUAUCUUAGUUCAUCCUACUUCAGACAAAAAAGGGAGCCAUUCAGGGAAACAAAGAGGAAUCAAAGAAACUGUAAGGAAACACCGCUCAGACAUCAUCUGCAGCGAAGUCAGGCAGCCCGACUUUUCCAUUGUUGCCUUGCAGCGUGUAUUUGCACAGAUAAUCUGAUGUACUGUCCAAAUCAUGAUGAAGGGCACUAUUUCUUCUUGUCACAUGUAAAUGCAUUAUUUAAUAACCCAGAUUAUGAAAAGAAUUUAACACAAUGCAUAGAAAUUAUUUAGCAGAAUGUUUUAUUUUAUAUCACAUUGAUAGCCAUUAUUGAGUUCAGCCAAACAAUGAUUGUUUCGCAGUGUUAUGUGUGAGUGAAUACUGAUAGACGACGACUGAUGUUUGAUGCUGAAAAAUAACAGGUGACAUAGACAAGCUGGUAUUCAAACUAUGGUACGUGUUACACUGGUGGUACGCGACCUCUGUUGAAAAUUUUUGUAAAAAUGAAAAAUUAUUUUAAAAAAUUACAAAAUUUCCAGUGAAAACAAACCAUGAGAUCACUGAAACGUGGUUACAAAAUACAGUUUGGAUUCUCUGUAAUAUUUUCUUUCACUAUCAGCCUGCUACAUAUUCAUAUUCACGCUCGUAGCGUGCUCAUACAUACAUGAUUAGAUACAAACUAAAAUGUGACGGCAACAUAGUAAACGGACGGUUCAAAAACACUGCUAUCACAGCUCCAAGUGAGAAAUGUUAGUGUGGAUCAGGAGUGACCCCUUUUCCACCAAAUUAAAUGAUUUAAUUAAGAAUAAACAUUCCUUUCUGAGGUGGUGUAAACUGUCCUAAAUAAAGUCUUAUCUUUGCCACACUCUCCCUGACAAGCAAUCCUUAAAACUACACCACAAAACGUCAUUUCUCAUUGUCUUCCAUUUCCCGAUCUGACGCCUCUAUCAGCAGACCACCUUAUAGGUCAGUGCCUUCCAAAAAAAAACCAUUAGAAAUGACUGUUAUGAUAAUGGUUUAUAGGUCUGCCACCGCUACGGUUAAGGUUCAGUUAGAGAUAAGUUAAGGUUUGGGAAUGAUCCUGGUCUAAAGAAGCCAUUUGAGACAAACAGCGGUCCCUCUUGUCAAAGUCAAACUUUCUUAAAGUUUUGCAGCGUUCUAACAAAGAGUCAACCCCUAUAACACUUGUUGUAUUUUUAAAUAACUUCAAUAAAAGCCAGAAGUACCCAAGUGCCCAUUAAGACUGCAGGUGAUGUUUUAUCACUCGAUGCUUUGUUGUAUCCUGAUUUUCCACAUAAAGAUCAAUUCAGCCACAGCAGCUGAAUGAAGCAACAAUUCUGAAUGUUUUCUGUCUGCCAACAUUUUUAGGGAAUGCAUAUCUCAAAUUAUAUUGAUUGAAUAUGAAUAAUUAUUUAAUUAUUUAUGCUGACAAAGUCAGAAACGUAUAAUGUCUAGAACUGUUUUAUAUCUUGGGUCGGAGUCGAGCAUUUCACAAACUUCUUUUCUGUCUGCUGUCGGUAUAAUCUAAAAACUAUUCAUCUGCUCACACUGGUGGAUCAAAGAAACAACAGCAGACUUAGAGAGGCUUUCAAUUUUUUUUGGUAACAAAGUAGUCGGUGGUCUGUUUUGCAUGUUUUUUAACCUGUCUGACAUGACUUCAAGAUCCUCUCCCUUUUGUAACGACUGCAAUAGAAAUUAAGCUUUGAGAUUUAUUGUGUUUUUAUCUAUCUAUCUAUCUAUCUAUCUAUCUAUCUAUCUAUCUAUCUAUCUAUCUAUCUAUCUAUCUAUCUAUCUAUCUAUCUAUCUAUCUAUCUAGGUUUUGCAUAUUCUGACUCACACUCGUUCAAAUCAUUGUAAUAUUAUUAUCCUCAGGAUAAAAGCUUUUCAGUGGAUUUUAAAUGUGAAUAUGUUGGAGAGUGGUUUGAACACCCCCUUUGAGUUAUGCAAAUGUUUCUGUGGCUGCAAAAUGAUUGUGAAUUUUCCACAGUUAUCCGUAUAUAUAAAUACGGAUACACACAGUAUAUAUGUUGCAACUACUUCUCUGAUAUUUAGGAUAAAUAACAUGGCAGGGUUUGUACAAUUGUUGAAUGGCGCUCCGACAUAAUACUGAUAUGUAUGAGAUACUAUAAACAGUACAAAGUAUCAUAUAUAAUAAGCAGAUGCUGUAUUCGUCAGUGUACUUUAAAGGCCUAACCUAAAACAAGGACUGUACUUACUUUUGCACACCUUUUUUUUUGUCAUUCAUGUGAAUUGUAUUACUACAUAGAAAGAAAUAAAAAAUUGUAAUACAAAUGUAA